AUAAAAAUGUAUCCAUAUAUAUAUAUAUGGAUUAUGUACGAACCAUUUUUUUUUUCAGAUAAUCAUUUAAAUCUGAAUUUUACAUGUAUGUAUGUGCACACAUUUCAUAUUAAUCUGUUAAUUUCUCCGCUAUUGUAAAAGUUUGAAUGUGAACUCAAAAUUGAGUAAACGCUAUUUUUUGUCAGAUCAAAAUUUCUAAUGAAUUAUAAUACAGUUUAUUGAAAAUUUAGAUUUCUUUUUUACCACUUACACACACUUUCUGUGCUGGCAAAUCUUUAACUUUCUUCUAUUUUAACAAUGUUUUAAAAUAUCUUAGAUAAAAUCUUGCCAUUUUUAUAUUAUAAUAUGAUAUACCACUUAAAACACAAGUAAACAACUUCUAUUAAAACAAAGAUGACAGAGAUAAAAGUUUUGGGGAAUGAGAGAGAGAGAGAGAAGAAAAUUGUGUACAGAAUUCUUUUAUAAAUAAUGUCCCGUAUUUUUUUAAAUAAUUUUAAAUAAAAUAUUUUAAUCACGAUUGCUGGUUUAACAAUAUUCUGGUAUUCAAUUUUUUUUUAAUCAUUCAAAUUUAUUUUUUAUAAAUGGCGAACGUUUCUACAUAAAAAACGAAACUAUUCGAUAUAAAAAUAUUGCUUAUAAACGAUUUGAUAGAAAGAAACAUAGAAAAUACAAUUUAAAAAAUCAUACGAACAAAUUGUUAAAAACAAUGUUCUAUGUAAAUACGCAUUUCUAUUUUUAUACUAUUUAGGAACUUUCAUAAAAAAAUAUAUCCUGAUAUAAUUUAAAUUUAUUGAAAUUAUGUUCCACUAUACACCAUGAUUGAGGAAAAAUAUAGCAAAAAAAUAUAACAUGUCAGGAAUUUGAGGUUACGGAUUACGUCGGCGUUUUGGCCCUUGCAUCUCUAGUUGCUAGCGAAAGAUAUUUGAAUCAGACAGGUCAGACUAGGUUAGAUUUCACCUUAGAAUCUUCACGUAAUAGGAAGACCAAGUGCUUCGUACAAUGUAAUUUAUGUCUGUGUUUACAAAAUGAGCGGUGUAGUAAAAAAAGGAAGCACAAUUUUUACCAGUAGACCAUUCAUCUUUACUCUUAGCUCAAAAUAUAGAACUACUCGAUGUGACAAUUGCUUGAAAAGGUAAAUCAAGUAAAAUUGUGAUAUUUUCCUUCUAAUAAGGGAAUAUAUACGUUCUUUUAAGAUAGUGGGAAAUUGUUAAAAUGCUCGGGUUGUCAGUAUGUAUAUUACUGCGACCGCAAUUGUCAAAAAGAAUCCUGGCCGAUGCACAAAGCAGAAUGUGCACGUUUAAAGAAAAUAUCGCCGAAAGUAUUGCCAGAUGCUGCCCGACUUAUGGCACGUAUAAUUAUCAAGCUGAACCAAGGUGGAGCUGACGAAGUGGGCUAUUAUACGGAGAAAAAAUUUAGGAAAUUCAAGGAUCUAAUGUCUCAUUAUUCAGAUAUAAAAGCUGAUACGAAGCGAAUGGAACAUUUCACCACAUUGUGUGGAGUUUUAUUUCAGUUUCUUGAUGAGUCACUCAUGCCUAAUAUUGCGGAAUUAAUGGGUAUUUUUGGCAGAAUGUGCACUAAUAGCUUUAACAUACUGGAUGUCAAUAUGAAUACUAUUGGAGUUGGCAUUUAUCUGGGAGCAUCUGUGAUGGAUCACAGUUGCAAACCCAACGCGGUCGCCGUUUUCGAAGGAACCACCAUCAUCAUCAGAACAUUAAAGGAUCUUCCUUGUUUGGACUGGUCACAGAUAAGAAUAUCCUACAUCGAUUUACUUAAUUCUAAUAAGGACAGACGUGAGGAACUGUACAAUUCGUACUAUUUCUGGUGUGAUUGUGAAAGAUGUAAAAAAGAAGAACCAAUGGCUGAUGCGGCUGCUUGUCCAAACUCGUCAUGCGAUUCGCCAUGUUCGAUUGAAGCUGACAAAUGCGAGAUGUGCAGCGCGAGAAUAUCUGUAGAAUUUAAGAAGACAUUUCAAGAAGUUGUUGACUUUACCGCUCAUCACUUGGAAAAAAUGAAAACUAUGGCUUAUCUUGACGUUAGCAAGAUAUGUUUGAAGAAGCAGAAAGGUAUAAUGCAUAAAUUUAAUAUUCAACAUGUUCGUACUCUUGAAAUGGCGCAUAUCGCUGCCAUGAAUCUGGAAUGUUGGGAAGAUGCAGAGAUUUAUGGCAAGGAACUCAUCCCAGGAUAUUUAUUGUAUUAUGGAGAAGUACAUCCUUUGACAGGAUUACUUUAUCUCACUACAGGAAAGAUACAGUUACACUUGGGAAAACCGAAAGAAGCUCUUCGUGCAUUAAACAAAGCAAGCACAAUAUUAAUGAUAACGCACGGUGAUAAGCACUCUUUGGUGAGGGAGGAAUUGAGGCCUUUGUUUUGUCAAGCUGCAAUGGAGUCUAACAGUGAUACUCAUGGCGCAUAACGAUCUUAGAUUUU